AUGGAGAAAAAUCGAGACCAUCGGACUAUUGCUAAGGGAUUAGAAUUAUACAUUUUGGACGAAAAGCAACAAGAAUUUAAUUUCCAAGAAGUAAUGACUCCUAUUUUAGGGAGCGAAAAUCUAUACCAAACUAGCGGUCACUUAGCCCACUACCAAGAUUCUAUGUUUCCAGCCAUUAGUCGAAACAAUGAAACAUUGUAUUUACGACCAAUGACUUGUCCGCAUCACUGCCUAAUUUACCAGCAAAAGCCACGUUCCUACCGAGACUUGCCUUUUCGUUUGUGCGAAAACUCAAUUUUACACCGCUAUGAGGCUUCCGGAGGGCUAAAAGGUCUGGAAAGACCUCGUUGCUUCGAGUUAGCCGACCACCACAUUUUUGUUUCACAGGAACAUUUAAAAGAAGAAGUUAAAAAAAACUACCAUUACAUUACCGACUUUUUGGCCAAAAAUCUUUUAGUUAAUUCCCUAAAUGAGUUAGAGUUAAAAUAUGAAACUUUAAAAGGUGAAGCAGCCUUUUACGGACCAAAAUUAGAUAUUGAGGUAGAAGCAGCAGACGGCAAAAAUAUUACUAUUUCUACUAUUCAAUUGGACUUUGUCUUGCCCCAAAAAUUUGGUUUAAAUUAUAUUGACAAAGAACAAAAAUUGCAAACUCCAGUCAUUAUUCACCAGUCUCCUUUUGUAGUUAUUUUGCCUUUUAAUGAAGAAAAAAAAGUUAAAAAUUAUUGCCAAAGAUUAUCCGAAGGACUAAAGGAGAUUGAAACUCCAAUAAAUAUUGGAUAUCCACUAGACCCAGGAAAUCGAGAGAGGUAUCAGGAGGGAAUAGAUUAUAAAGUUGAGAACAUAGGAGUUGGUCGUAAAAGGUAUAGUAUUCUUUCAGAUAAAUUAAAGGAAGAUCUUCGGAGAUGGAAUAAUGGACACGAUUUUGAAAAUAUUAUUGAGGAAACAAUUGGCACAAUACCGCUAGAAAAUUCUGAGGAACUGGAGAGGAAAAUCAGGGAAGAGAAUGAAAAAAAGCGACAAAAAUUUAUUGUCGAUAAUAAUCUACCUCAAAUUAAAGAAACUUUAUUUUAUGAACUUAACAAGCAAGAAAAAUUAUUCAAUAGCCAACAAUCUCCUUUGACCGAGUCCGAAAAAGCAAUUUUGAACGACCCGAUUUUAAAACACGGAUGCGACUUGGACGAAGCAUUAUCUUGA